AUGGCGACUCGGAAGGUGCGGUACAAGAAACUCAGCCCAAAAACAGCGCUCUCAGUGCUCCGAGAGGAUCAGAUCGAUCCCAGCGAGUACGAGAGUCUCCAAAACGAGUCUCAAAUCGCGACAGGAGUUGAGCAAGCUGAGGAAAAUGAAUACCAUUUGCAGGCCGUUUUGCAGGGCCCUGGGGCCAGCACGGACAAGGAGAUUCCCGUCCCGCCUCCCCAGGAGAGCGAGUUGAAUUACGAUGAGCUCUAUCCCAUCAAACUCUCCAAACCUGCCACCUAUAUCCGCUCCUCCCAGACUGUGGAGGAGUGUAUAGGAUGUCCAUAUGAUAUGACAGAAGAGGAUGAUGUCUUCUUAAAGUCAUAUAACGCAAAGAAGCCAGCAGCAUCCCAGCUCUCCGAAGAUGAUUUCGAGAAGAUCAUGGAUGUCUUCGAGGACACUGCGUCUGUCCAAGCCCCCUAUGCUUCGGUAGACAAGACUGUAGUUCCCUAUGACAUGAUGGUGCCGGGUCUGAAUCAACUCGACACAGCCAAGGUCAUGCCUCAUGCCAAGGAAAUCUAUGAGUACUGGAAGUCCAGGAGACAAGAGACUGGCGGCUCUCUGCAUCCUAUGCUCAAGUUUGAGACUCAUCAGGAGACUGAUGACAUGGACCCCUAUGUUUGCUUCAGACGUCGUGAAGUCCGCCAGACUCGCAAGACAAGGCAAAGAGACGUGCAGAGUGCCGACAAGCUCAAGCGGUUGCGUCGCGAGCUUGAAGACGGUCGGCAGCUCAUUAUCUUCUCUCAUGAGCGAGAGCUUCUGAAACGAGACUUGUUGACUGCGGAUCGCAUGAUCUUCGAGCAGCGAGCCAAGUUAAAGGAGGUCAAGGUUCGGCUGGGCAUCAAGGAACACGACGAGGACCUUGUCAACCAGAAGGCACAAAAGAGGAAGCCUCCUCCCGAGCAUCCGUCAGCCCAGCGACCACCAAGCACACAACUUCGUCUCCCUGUGGGCCCCACUGGGCGCCCUGUGGAGGCAGACCUCACCUUGCUUGCAGACAAGCUUGCAGAAAAGGAGAACGAGCUUCGUAAUGACAUCGAGAUGAAGAUCCAGAAUCAUCCCGGUUAA